CGGCCCCGACUUGGGGCCCGGGGUGCGGAGCUCUUCCCCCGAGGCGGUGGCGGGAGCGACUGCAGCCCCCGCGGUGACGGCCCCGGAGCUCCGGAAGCCACACGGGGUGAAGCGGCAUCACCACAAGCACAACUUAAAGCACCGCUACGAGCUGCAGGAGACUCUGGGCAAAGGCACCUAUGGCAAAGUCAAGAGGGCCACUGAGAGGUUUUCGGGCCGAGUGGUUGCUAUAAAAUCCAUUCGUAAGGACAAAAUUAAGGAUGAACAAGACAUGGUUCACAUCAGACGAGAGAUUGAGAUCAUGUCAUCCCUCAACCAUCCUCAUAUCAUCAGUAUUUAUGAAGUGUUUGAGAACAAAGAUAAGAUUGUGAUCAUCAUGGAAUAUGCGAGCAAAGGGGAGCUGUACGAUUACAUCAGCGAGCGGCGACGGCUCAGCGAGAGGGAGACCAGACACUUCUUUCGGCAGAUCGUGUCCGCCGUGCACUAUUGCCAUAAGAAUGGUGUGGUCCACCGGGACUUGAAGCUGGAAAAUAUACUGCUUGAUGACAACUGCAAUAUUAAGAUUGCUGACUUCGGGCUUUCCAACCUGUACCAGAAGGACAAGUUCUUGCAAACGUUUUGCGGGAGCCCACUCUAUGCAUCUCCUGAAAUUGUCAAUGGGAGGCCUUACCGAGGGCCAGAGGUGGACAGCUGGGCCCUGGGCGUAUUGCUUUACACUCUGGUUUAUGGAACAAUGCCCUUCGAUGGUUUUGAUCACAAAAACCUCAUUCGACAGAUCAGCAGCGGAGAGUACCGGGAGCCUACCCAGCCCUCAGAUGCUCGAGGACUUAUUCGGUGGAUGCUGAUGGUAAACCCUGACCGCCGGGCCACCAUCGAGGACAUCGCCAACCACUGGUGGGUGAACUGGGGCUAUAAGAGCAGUGUCUGUGACUGUGAUGCACUUCACGACUCUGAGUCCCCACUCUUGGCACGGAUCAUCGACUGGCACCACCGUUCCACCGGGCUGCAGGCUGAGGCAGAAGCCAAAAUUAAGGGUAUAGCCAAACCUGGGAACUCUGAAGUCAUGCUGGAGCGGCAGCGGUCAUUGAAGAAAUCCAAGAAAGAAAAUGACUUUGCUCAGUCUGGCCAAGACUUAGUGCCUGAAAGUCCAACCAAGUUGAGUUCUAAGAGGCCUAAGGGGAUCCUGAAGAAGAGAAGCAACAGCGAACAUCGCUCUCACAGCACUGGCUUCAUUGAAAGCGUUGUAGGCCCUGCCUUACCCUCUACCUUCAAGAUGGAGCAGGACUUGUGCCGGACUGGCAUGCCCCUCCCAAGCUCCCCUGAGGCAGAGGUGCCAGGGAAACUGAGCCCCAAACAGUCGGCCACAAUGCCCAAGAAAGGUAUCUUGAAAAAGACCCAGCAGAGAGAAUCAGGUUACUACUCAUCCCCAGAGCGCAGUGAAUCUUCAGAGCUGUUGGACAGUAAUGACGUGAUGGGCAGCAGCAUCCCAUCCCCUGGUCCCCCAGACCCUGCCAGGGUGACCUCUCAUAGCUUGUCUUGCCGCAGGAAGGGCAUCUUGAAACACAGCAGCAAGUACUCAGCGGGCACCAUGGACCCAGCCCUUGUCAGCCCUGAAAUGCCCACACUGGAAUCCUUGUCAGAACCUGGUGUCCCUGUCGAGGGCCUCUCCCGGAGCUAUAGCCGUCCUUCUAGUGUCAUUAGCGAUGACAGUGUCCUGUCCAGUGACUCGUUUGACUUGUUAGAUUUGCAGGAGAACCGCCCUGCCCGCCAGCGCAUCCGCAGCUGUGUCUCUGCCGAAAACUUCCUCCAGAUCCAGGACUUUGAGGGGCUCCAGAACCGGCCCCGGCCCCAGUACCUGAAGCGGUACCGGAACCGGCUGGCGGACAGCAGCUUCUCCCUCCUCACAGAUAUGGAUGACGUGACUCAGGUCUACAAGAAAGCACUGGAGAUCUGCAGCAAGCUCAACUAGUUCUCCAGGGUGCAGGGUCAGGGCAGGGUGGUGGGCACCAGGGAGGAAGGGGAGCAGACUUGCUAACAGGCCAGCUACCUCCUUGCUGGCCAUGACAAUAGACUAAAAAGGAUUGGCACCAUCUUGCUUGGCCACGUUUGUAGCCUUGAGCAAGCAACUAAAAGGGAGAAGAGGGCUCUUUGCCAGUUCUGCCAACUGCCAGUUAGAAUUUGGGUCUAACUGGCAUUUGCUUUAUAGCACCUCUUAGAAGACCAACUGUCCAGGAGAGGUGGAAUUGGCCAGCACUUAGUGAGAGAAAAGGAAACAGAUAUGUACAGGGGAAGAGACAUUUCCCUAGAAGCCCUCCAGUGCUUUUGGGUAAAGGUCAAGAAAGACUAGGGCCAUCUGCUGUGGGUGGGCCCAAGGAGCUUGCUCCUUUUCUCCUCAUAUUAGCAAGUUAGUCUGACUGCAUGGGGUUGGCAAGUAAUUUCAGCAACCUGAACUUGAAGUGAUGAUUGACUAACAGUGUCUGCUGGGCAUGCUGUUUUGAGUAACCCAGGCAUGUCUGGAAGGAGUACUAUGACUGAAUAGUAAUGGCCGCCGUGGGAAUUAGAAGGGAGGCAGCAGUGCUCAAGUGUGGCUGUCAACCUGACCUGGCUAGAGACCUGGAAAUUAGGUUAAGGUAUCUUUCAUGCUCUUUGAUAACUUGCUACUCUAUUGAAAACAGGGCCUUGUUCAGAGAGGGAGUGUGCUGAACUCUGUGAAGGGCAGAGAGUCAAGCCAUGGUGAUUUGUCAGUUCCUUGCUGUCCACCUCCUCUUCCCUGAUUCCUGCUCUGCUCCUUAGAGCAAACCCCUGAGGGUGGUGAGGGGAAAAGCUGGCAAUAUUAGAGGUCAAAACUGUUGUGUAAUAAUAGAGCAUGAGACCCUCAGGGGUCUUUGCACAACUGAAUGGAAGUUGAUGUCCUCCAGCAAGGGGCAACUUGUCUUUUUCCUUCCAGUAUCAAAAUUAACUGGAAUCCUGCCUCUUGGGUUCUCACCUUAUGAGUGCUUUGAGUUGGAUGUGAUACUGUCUGUCGUCUCCAAAGGAUUACUUGGCCCAACCACUGGCUCUGUUCUCUGCUGGCAAAUGGUUUUUUUCACCUGUGAGUGUAGAAUCUCAGAGGUAGAUAGAUGAGUGUGCUUCUAGGGAGUUAAUACGUAGGUGCAUGAAGAAAGGACAGUCAGACAGAAAGUAUUUUCCCCCCUAAAUGUCUAUCCUGUGUCAUGAUUUUGAACUUUGACAUGAAUUCCUGGGCUUUGGGAUAAAAGAAAGUUCUGUCCACUUAAAUUGAAAUGGAAUUGAAGAAGCAGAGAGUGUGUUGGGAGGAAUGUGUAUAUACACACACACACACACACACACAUAUAUGGAACAUUUCAUUGUAAGUCAUCAAAGUGGUUCUGGAGGAGGCUGGAAAGAGGUGUGAGAGGAUUCUUAUCUGAAAGGAAAAAAAAAAUCCUAGGCUUAUACUUUCUGAACACCCAGAUUACAUAGGUCACAAAAUGUCACUCCCAUGGUGGGACAAAUUCAGGAUAUUGGGUUUGAAGUGAGUGAUCUCUGGAAUGACUCCAGUUUCUUCUGGCCUCAGUAAAUUGAAAUCCUUUCAAGAUAGCCACUUAGAUAGAUGGAGAACUGGUCCUAGAAUUAUCUUUGGAAAAAAACAACAAACAAUAUUUCCUAGGGGGAAUUCACCUUCCCUCACUAAGAACAUUAGUUAGAGUAAAAUGCCUGUUCCUUAAUGAGUAGGUUCUGUUUCUCCCCUUGCCUCUAGCAUGGUGUUUGGACUUGUGCAUUCCUUCAGGUUGAACUGAGCAGUGUAUUCUGGGAAGCUGCUCAGUUUCCUUUCAUUCAAUUCCACCUCCUUCCUGAACUCCAGUAGAGUUAAAGGGAAGAAAAAUCUGUAGAUCGCAGAUUGAGGUGGGGGGGAAAUGCAACCUCUGAGCUCCCCACUUCUUGCAUCAUUUUAUGUGACUUUUCUGAACAGCCUCUACUGCCACACCACUGGCCCCUCGCACAUGGCAGCUGGCCUCACAUGUAGCUGUCAGUAUGACUUAGGUAUGACACCUACCUACUAGUCUAUGUAUUUUUUCUUUUUUGCCAGGUGAUUAAGUCUGUUUAGUCUUUUCCAUUGUUCUGACCUGUAAGGAAAAAUGACAUGGCUAAGGAAAAUCAUUCUAUUCCCUUCUCCUCUCCCCAGAACUCCUGUAUAUUCUCUUUUGUCAAUAAACUCAGACAGUGGAUUGUCAAAGCAGGUCUUCUGCCCAGAGGCAGAAACUCAAGAGUUGAGUCCUGGUGUGCUCACGACGCUUGCAGUGUUUUAGGGGCUAAGUUUUCCUUUUAGUGAGGACUGGAGGGAUGGUCUAAGUCUGCUCAGUUCUGACAUUCAGAUGACACCCUCUGAUUCUAGAUGUGAUGUGGACUGUCCUUUCAAAGAAAAACUUGGAAGAGGAGGGAAAGAAACUUUAACAGCAGCUCCGCUGGUUCCCGAUUAAGCCCUAUCAUCCCUACCAGCCAAUUCCCAUCUAAGAAGCUGUGCUUGAUUCAUUUCCAUGGAAUUAUAUGUGAGAGACACUUUUCAUGACCCGGUGGACAAAGAAGGAGAUGGGAUGUCAGCUCUCCUGGCCCUUUGCUGACUCUGUGGGGCCUCUCCGGGUCUCUGUGUCUUAGUUUACACUCUGCCAAAGGGGUAGAAUACUUCUUUUUACAGGUAAAUUACAAGGCGCGAUCAGUUUUCAGGAAGUGCUUCAAGACCCCAGGUGAAAUGAAAACGCUACGUGCUCUCUGAAUUUCCAUCCC